AUGAGGCGGAAGGAGAAGCGGCUCCUGCAGGCGGUGGCGCUGGUGCUGGCGGCCCUGGUCCUCCUGCCCAACGUGGGGCUUUGGGCGCUGUACCGCGAGCGGCAGCCCGACGGCACCCCCGGGGGUUCGGGGGCGGCGGUGGUCCCGGCGGCGGGACAGGGCUCACACAGUCGGCAAAAGAAGACGUUUUUCUUGGGAGAUGGGCAGAAGCUGAAGGACUGGCAUGACAAGGACGCCAUCCGGAGGGAUGCCCAGCGCGUAGGAAAUGGAGAACAAGGAAGACCUUACCCCAUGACCGAUGCUGAGAGAGUGGAUCAGGCGUACCGAGAAAAUGGAUUUAAUAUCUACAUCAGUGAUAAAAUCUCCUUGAAUCGCUCUCUCCCAGAUAUCCGGCACCCAAACUGCAACAGCAAGCGCUACCUGGAGACACUUCCCAACACAAGCAUCAUCAUCCCUUUCCACAACGAGGGCUGGUCCUCCCUCCUCCGCACCGUCCACAGUGUGCUCAAUCGCUCGCCCCCAGAGCUGGUCGCUGAGAUUGUGCUGGUCGACGACUUCAGUGAUCGAGAGCACCUGAAGAAGCCACUUGAAGACUACAUGGCCCUUUUCCCCAGCGUGAGGAUUCUUCGAACCAAGAAACGGGAAGGGCUGAUAAGGACCCGAAUGCUGGGGGCCUCAGUGGCAACUGGGGAUGUCAUCACAUUCUUGGAUUCACACUGUGAAGCCAAUGUCAACUGGCUUCCCCCCUUACUCGACCGCAUUGCUCGGAACCGCAAGACCAUUGUGUGCCCAAUGAUUGAUGUAAUUGACCACGACGACUUUCGGUACGAGACACAGGCAGGGGAUGCCAUGCGGGGAGCCUUUGACUGGGAGAUGUACUACAAACGGAUCCCGAUCCCUCCAGAACUGCAGAAAGCUGACCCAAGUGACCCAUUUGAGUCUCCCGUGAUGGCUGGUGGACUGUUCGCUGUGGAUCGGAAGUGGUUCUGGGAGCUGGGCGGUUAUGACCCUGGCUUGGAGAUCUGGGGAGGGGAGCAAUAUGAAAUCUCAUUCAAGGUGUGGAUGUGUGGGGGCCGCAUGGAGGACAUCCCCUGCUCCAGGGUGGGCCAUAUCUACAGGAAGUAUGUGCCCUACAAGGUCCCUGCCGGAGUCAGCCUGGCCCGGAACCUUAAGCGGGUGGCAGAAGUGUGGAUGGACGAGUAUGCAGAGUACAUUUACCAGCGCCGGCCUGAAUACCGCCACCUCUCCGCUGGGGACGUCGCCGCCCAGAAAAAGCUCCGUAGCUCCCUUAACUGCAAGAGUUUCAAGUGGUUUAUGACAAAGAUAGCCUGGGACCUGCCCAAGUUCUACCCACCCGUGGAGCCCCCGGCUGCAGCUUGGGGGGAGAUCCGAAAUGUGGGCACAGGGCUGUGCGCAGACACAAAGCAUGGGGCCUUGGGCUCCCCACUGAGGCUAGAGGGCUGCGUCCGGGGUCGCGGGGAGGCCGCCUGGAACAACAUGCAGGUAUUCACCUUCACCUGGAGAGAGGACAUCCGGCCUGGAGACCCCCAGCACACCAAGAAGUUCUGCUUUGAUGCCAUCUCCCAUACCAGCCCUGUCACGCUCUAUGACUGCCACAGCAUGAAGGGCAACCAGCUGUGGAAAUACCGCAAAGACAAGACCCUGUACCACCCUGUCAGUGGCAGCUGCAUGGACUGCAGUGAAAGUGACCACAGGAUCUUCAUGAACACCUGCAACCCAUCCUCUCUCACCCAGCAGUGGCUGUUUGAACACACCAACUCAACAGUCUUGGAAAAAUUCAAUAGGAACUGAGCCCUCAUGUCCCCUUGGCAGGCCCCACAGGGUCUGGCAUUCACUGCAGCCAUCCUUUUAAGGGAAGCAGGGCCUCUGUGCGCACUGGGUGUAAAAGGUGCUGGCCAAAUGGUUCAGGGUGAAGAGGACUCUUGAAUCAGGGGCUGGGGUCUGCCUGGUCCUUGAGCCCCUGAGCUGGGGGGUAGGGUGAAGAGCAGAUCCCACAAGAAGCCCCACAGGGAGCAGAGCCUGCUUUAAUCCCUGCUGGCAUCACAGAAAAGCAGCAGGGCCUUUUCAACUUUAUCACUAUGUCCCCUUGAGCAUUAUGUGAGAGAAUACCAGGGUAGCCUAGGCCACCCAAAAAUGAGUCCUGCAAGGUUGCCCAGCCCUCAGGUGGCUCUCCUACAUGAUGAUACUUUAGAAAGAAAAGUAAAAUGUCCCUGUUUGGGGCAGCUUUUAGUACUGAUGCCACUCAUCAGAAGGGAAAGAAGUCUUUUUGGGGCUUUUUCGUUUCUGCUCUCCUAGGGGGUACAUGGCAGUUACUGCCCAGCUUCUGUUUUCUGUCACAACCCCAGGUGAUUUGGUCUGGUCAAAGGCCAUGCUUGGGGCCCUCAGAAUGUUCAGUACCAAAUGCUGGUCAAGGAGUUGGAAGAGGGACCCCCCCAGACAUUUCUCUGCAGCUAUGAACAUGCAGGAUAUUUCCCCCUGCUCUCUGGGUAUUUAAAAUGUCCAUUUUAGCAGUCUCCAGGCACAAGGACAGCCCAGCCACCAGCUUUUCAGGGCAGUGUUUCAGAUGCCCUUGAGCCCAUGGAAAAGGCCAAGUAGACCUCCAAACUAGAAAUGCUGGCUAAUUUUCCCUGAUCCAUGCUUCCAUUUCCCCUUCUCUCUUCCCCAGGCAAUUACUGGACUCAAAAGAGAAACAGAGGUGCUGCGAGGUGCUUACCUCACAGAGUCUGGAGGCCUCCAGGAUCAACUGUGGGCAAAGUGCCUGCCUCUGACCUCAUCAUGGUUCUAGUUCUCAUUUGGAACUCCAGAAUUGUAAAAGAACUCUAUAAUUGGAUUGCAAACUAGAAUGCUACCUAGGAUUCUGGUAUUCCAGCAUCCAAUAUGGAUUUCUAGAAUGCUGUGAUUAAAGGAGCCAGCCAGGUGUAAUACAGUCAAGGCAGCCCCCAGCCUAGAGACAAUCUGUGAAAUCCAAAGUUGGUGGUGUUGGGGAAGCAGGGGGACAUGAGUGUCCCUCAGCUCAAAGCAGAGGCUGUGGUAUGACAUGGUCCUCAGUGAAGAUCUGCACCCUGGGACCUCCCACCAUCAUCACAGCUGCAGUCUCAUUUGCAGUGGAGAAAUGAAACCGUUGUCCCACAGCCAGAUAUACACCCAGCUCCAUGCCAGCCCUUCAUGUUUACCUUUUGCUUUGUUAAUUACAUGUCAGACUCCUAGAGGGCCUCCAGACUAAUAGAAAGCAUUUCUGUAACCAACCUGCCACCCACUCAUUCAGAAAUGGAAAUCACAUUCCACAGUCUAUGGCUUCCACCAACUAGCCCAGGAAAUACUUGAAAUCAGCAUUCCAAUUAGUGUUGGGUCUCUUGAUUGUGUCAUUUACCAAUUAAAUAACUAAGACAUAAGUCUGGGAACAGAGCCACAAAUCUGCCUUUGAGAUGCUGGCUGAUCUCAAGGCCAUCAAUUAUUGGCGGAGGGAGGGACAAACGCUCCCAACCAUCCACCAGUCAGACUGAAUGUGUAGCUGGCAAAGAAUUACUUCCACUUCUGGCCCAGCACAAACCCUGCUCUGGCCACCUGUCUGCAAGAGGUGACCCCUGCAGCUUUAGAAGCGGCCCUCUGUAGAAAGAAGUCAAAAGAUGAGGCCCCUUCUAGAAUCUAGGAUAACAAGAGUGUUGGCAGUUUGAGGAGUUGAACUAAGAUUCAUCAUCAGAGAGUAAUGCAGUGUCAUUAAAAUAAAAACUGUGCCUUUUAAAAAGAAAAAUGCAAAUAUACAGCAAAUCCCUAAACUUGAACCAUUUCCUAGUGCCUUGCUAGACAAAUGUAAAGGGGUAGGGUUGUGGGGAGGGGAACAUUUUUGGUGGCGUGUGCAGUUCCUACUGGAUGAGUGCGUGUUUCUUAAUGUCUAAUUUCAAGCAGGAGAUGUCGGGCCUGGAGCAAGAUCUGAGACUGAGAUGCCCCCAAGGGUAAGAGGUCAGAUUUAUUCCAGUUAGUGCAAGUCACACUCCAAACUAAAGGCUGGGCAGUGCAUUUAGUUUGUGGCCUAGAAGGCCUCAUCAGCCCCCAAGAGGAGGCCUUGCAUUACCUCACUAGGACCUGUUUGGGGGCCAUGCCUGCAGUUCACCCUCUGAACCCUCAGAGUGUUUGUCCUGUUUCUCGUCAUGGGGUUAAGGUGUGCAGAGCACUAGCCAGACUUCCACAUAGUCCUGCCCGAAGUGGGCGGCAGUAUUCCUGGCAUGACCAGGAUUCCUGUGAAAGCAGGAGCAGCAGCAAGCCGUCCCAAGCCUGCCUUUGGUUCUCCUUUAGAGUCUGGGUUCACACCUGAAAAGGGAUGGGCGCAUCCUCUGAGCAGUCUGUCACUUGUCAUUGCUGAGCCCACAUCAGUAGGUCUGGGGACUUGACAAAGCAUGUGGGAGGGGAAGGAAGAACAGAACUUGAUUGACUCCAUUUCUUGGAACAACUGAUUAAUUGCUAAUACUAAACCACUCAUUGUUAUGGCUUUGUUUUUGAAAACCACCUGUCUCAAGGAUUCAGAUUUCCGCUCACAUCCCCAGCUGAUACUCAAUACAACUCAACCAGGAGCCUGUAGAGAUGCUGACAGCCAGGUGAUGGGUGAGACUGUGGGUCCCUUUUCCUCUAAAGCCUUUACUCUGAGGAUGAGGUCACAAAAUAGGGUGUGACUAGAAAGUAUCUUGACCAUGUGGCCCACCAGCAGCUUUUCCGAAGGGGAACUCCAGGACCAUUUCAUAAUGCAAAGAGCACUGUUGCUUUAAGUACAAAGCCUUCAGGGCCUUUGAAGGCGGCUAAACUUGCAGGCGUGUGUGUGAAAAGCCAUCCCAUCUUCUGCCUCCAACUGGAGCUUUCAGCUUUUCAGUCAGAACUAUUGAUUCUUUCCUUUAGGAAAAAACCGCUCAGGCAGAACGGGGUACAUCCACAGGAGGAAUCUGGUAAGAGCAUGGGACCAGGAAAGAAAGAGCAGUUUCUGUUGAAGAUGUAGCAAACGGAUUUCCAAAGUCUACAUAACAUUCACUUUUCAAACUUCCCACCAGUGGAAUUUCUUUUUUUCCUUAAGAAAUAGGUGAUGUCUUUGAAAACAGCUCCAUAUAUCUUUCUGUGUGUCUCCAUUUUCCUAGUCUCUGGAGUCUCAAAAACAGUGGCAAUGCACUUUAUAGUACUAACUGAGAAAUCAGAUUCCCUGCUUCAGCGGUAUCUAGUUUGUACAGGUUGGGUGAUCUUUUAUAAUUCCUCGGAGGCAAUGCAUUUUUAAUGUUUUUUGAUGCUUUGUAAUUGUGAGAGGGGGUCAAGAAGUACAGUUCUGUUCUGGAAUUCUUUAUUGCUUUCAACGGAUGCUCUUUGUGAAAAAUCCAAGUAAUAUUUUAGUUCAAACUUGAUCUUGAGCCAAGGCCCACUGCCACCUCUGGGGUGGGAGUUGGACCUACAUAGCAAGUGACAAGUUCAUCUUAACAUCUGCUUCCAAAAUGGCUUUGAUUCAGCCAUGCCAGGCAACAGAACAGGGCCACUCCUGCUCUGUUAUUGGCUUGAAGACUAGGAUCCCAAAGGGGUUGCAGGCAGGAAUAUUUGGAAAUUCAGACUGGAAUUCCAUGCUGAAAGCUCAAGACCACCGGCCUCCCCUCCUGCCUGGAAAAGUGAGCCUUUGUGAAGGACUGACUUACCACGUACAAUUGUGAUUGUGAAUGUUGUUGAGUAAACCUCCAGUCUUUCUCUAAA